AUGGUCGAGGAGUUGCUUUCUAAGCGUGAUCGGAGGCUAAACAUCGCUUGGAGGUAUUCAUCCACGCUUUCUCCUGUCCUUUGUCGCCUCUCUCUCAACUCACGUUCCCGCUCAAAGUUUGAUCGUUGCGUCUGGAAUCUCUGCUGCAGUGCGUGCUUCAUAUUUGGCCAAUCUGCUGGUCCUGCCGAGCGUACGUGCAUCCAGUACCAGUCCUUGGCCUGCCCUUCUACCAAGCAGUGGAAAUCUUGCAGUACUUCGCCCCAACUUACUUGGUACACCGUCUACCCCAUCUUCUCGGAUGUACCAUUUCGGGACGCUGUUCCGUUGUUAUUGGCACUCAAGAUUGUUGCCUCGUAUCUUCAGGCCAAUGCCAGGAAGAUUGUUAUGGUGGACGACUUUCCAGAUUCUCACGUUGCUGUCGCUCCAAUACUCGUUGGUCUAUGGCUUCUGUAGGAUGGAUUCAAGCCCUCUCUCCUUGGACAUUGGUGGAUCUCAUCGUGGUGGAUUGCUGAGGCGCUCCUUGAACCGCCUCCCACCUC